CCAGUUCAAAGAUGGCUCCUGUUACUCAAACAAUUAAGAAGCCGGUUCUUAGAUCCAUCACCACCAUUGGGGAGGAUGAAAACACCUAUAACAAUGUCAACUUCAAGAGACGUAAAUUGGAACGUCAACCAGAAGAUGGUAUUGAGAGUGUGUACGGAUAUCCAACUGGUCUUGGAGAGGAUGGUAAUGAUGUCUUCAGUUCAGAUGAGGAUGAUCAGUAUCACUCCGCACUUUCUGACUACGAAACAGAUCUCGUUAACGCCACCAGCACAACUAGAUUCUUGAACUUUGACAAGCGUCCAACUCCGAAGGAGGACAACCAUGCUUGUGUUUCUCAUUCAAGCUUGUUACUCAAUGACGACCUGUUCUCUGAUCACUAUACAUCCGAUUCUGAUGACGUUCUUUCAGACUCUUCGGAGAACACACCAAUUACACCAGUGUCGUCAGUGAUGGGCAGUUUCUCAGACCUCAAGACGAUUGAGGAGAACUUCCAAAAGAUCAUCGAGGAGAACAACAAGUUGAAUGACCUUGAGUCCAAUGUCACCGAGGAAUCCUCAGUACCGGUUAAAGAACAGCCAUCCCAAGAGCAGUUGAGUGUUGAAGAUUUCUUGGAUUACAACAAUCUCUCUUCAGAACAACAUGGUGACUCAAACCAACCUUUAAAGCAAAAAUUCCUACAAUACAGACACGACGAGAGACACAACUUGGCUUUCCCAGACGUUUCAACAUUUCCAGUUAGAUUCGAACCAUCCAUGUCUAGAGUGGCUGGACCUUUGAAGAAAAAGGUAAAUUCAAUCAGGGCCUUGAAAAGAAGAGCGAUUCUUUCAGGACAGGCUUCCGAAAUGGUUGGAACUGGUAUCACUGUUGGUGAUUGGACAUUGUAAUCGGAGCAACUGCUCUUUGGUUUAACACUUUUAGGACUUUGGAGACGUCUCGAUCUCGAUUUCGUUUUUCUUUUUAUUCCUGGUUAUGGCAUACCCUGGGUUUGGGCUGUUUUUUUUUUCUGGUUUUAUUUAUCAACUAAGGGGUAGACUCCACCCUCUUCUUUGAUAUCGAAGAUCAUUGAAUCAUCUUCGAGCAUUAUAUGUACAUACAUGACAUUUUCUUUUAAUUCGGGUUGGUUUUGGUGUGUGUGAAGGAGACACUUCACUCGUUUAUUUUUGGGUCUCUGUUUAAUUGGUUUUACUCUAUGCAUAUUGAACGCUAUACGCUAAACAAUUUGUAACCUUUUUAGAGCUUCCGGCACCCCAUAUCCUUCUCUUCAUUAGCUCAUAUACUCCUACACACAAUAUACUAUUAUAGAGU